AUGCUAUGGCAGGAGGUCAUUGACUUUCUUGAAUCCGACGCAUCAGUCGAGUCGCCGAGCCAAGCACUGAUGGCUGACAAGCAUUGGUGGGCGCACGAAUACAGCCAAGAGGUUCCAAGGGAAGUGACUGGACUGCACUUAGUGGCAUACUUUGGACUACGGCAGGACCGCACUAUCAUUGUCGAGCUGCUUCUUGAUACGGGAAAAGUCAACGCCGAUGCUCAAAAUCAGUGGGGCCUGACACCGCUCUCCUGGGCCACUAAGCAAGGACAUGAAGCUAUCGUCAAGCUGCUUCUCGAUACGGACACAGUCGACGUCAAUACUGAAGAUUGGAGUGGCCAGUCACCGCUCUUGUGGGCCGCUCAGGAAGGACAUGAGGGUAUUGUCAAGCUGCUUCUCGAUACGGGAAAAGUCGACCUUGACGCUAGUGGCCAAAGUGGCCAGACAUAA